AUGGCCGACCCGGCGGAGUGCACCAUCAAAGUGAUGUGUCGCUUUAGGCCCCUGAACAGCUCCGAGGUGGUCCGAGGCGACAGAUACAUUCCCAAGUUUCAAGGGGAGGAGGACGUUAUUAUCGCGGGCAAACCGUACAUGUACGACAGAGUGUUUCAGUCAAACACAACACAGGAACAAGUGUACAACGCCUGCGCCCAGAGGAUUGUAAAAGAUGUUCUGGAUGGAUACAAUGGGACAAUUUUUGCAUACGGGCAGACGUCAUCUGGCAAAACACACACCAUGGAGGGGAAUCUCCAUGACACAGAUGCAAUGGGCAUCAUCCCCAGGAUAGUUCAAGAUAUCUUCAACUACAUCUAUUCCAUGGAUGAAAACUUGGAGUUUCAUAUCAAAGUUUCAUAUUUUGAAAUUUACUUAGACAAGAUCCGGGAUCUUUUGGACGUGUCGAAGACCAAUCUGUCCGUGCACGAAGACAAAAACAGAGUACCAUAUGUCAAGGGCUGCACUGAGAGGUUUGUCUGCAGCCCAGACGAGGUCAUGGAUACAAUCGAUGAAGGCAAAUCGAACAGACAUGUAGCCGUUACAAACAUGAACGAGCACAGCUCCAGGAGUCACAGUAUCUUCCUGAUAAACGUCAAACAGGAGAACACUCAGACGGAGCAGAAGCUCAGCGGAAAACUCUACCUGGUGGAUCUGGCUGGCAGUGAAAAGGUCAGUAAAACGGGAGCAGAGGGAGCUUUGCUGGAUGAAGCCAAGAACAUCAACAAGUCUCUGUCGUCUUUGGGAAACGUCAUCUCUGCUCUGGCUGAAGGAACGGCCUACAUCCCCUACAGAGACAGCAAGAUGACCCGUAUCCUGCAGGACUCGCUGGGUGGUAACUGUCGAACCACCAUUGUCAUCUGCUGCUCGCCUUCCUCCUACAAUGAGUCCGAAACCAAAUCCACCCUCAUGUUCGGACAAAGAGCAAAGACCAUCAAGAACACUGUCACGGUGAACGUGGAGCUGACGGCAGAGCAGUGGAAGCAGAAAUAUGAGCGGGAGAAGGUGAAGAACACGACUCUGAGGAGCACCGUCACCUGGCUGGAGAACGAGCUCAACCGCUGGAGGAACGGAGAAAGUGUGCCAGUGGACGAGCAGUUUGACAAGGAGAAGGCCCACGCCGAGGUGCAGGCCCUGGACAACAUCAUCAACGAGAAGCAGGCCUCCACGCCCAACGUGCCGCCGGGUGUUCGCCUCACCGACGUGGAGAAGGACAAGUGUGAGGCUGAGGUGGCCAAACUUUACAAACAGCUGGAUGAUAAGGACGAGGAAAUCAACCAGCAGAGCCAGCUGGCUGAGAAGCUGAAGCAACAGAUGCUGGACCAGGAUGAGCUUCUAACGUCCUCCCGCCGCGAUCACGAGAACCUCCAGGCGGAGCUGAACCGCCUGCAGGCGGAGAACGAGGCCUCCAAAGACGAGGUGAAGGAGGUGCUGCAGGCUCUGGAGGAGCUCGCCGUCAACUACGACCAGAAGAGCCAGGAGGUGGAGGACAAGACCAAGGAGUUUGAGACCAUCAGCGAGGAGCUCUGCCAGAAAUCGUCCAUCCUGUCGUCUCUGGACUCUGAGCUCCAGAAGCUGAAGGAGAUGUCCAACCACCAGAAGAAGAGAGUCACUGAGAUGAUGUCCUCGCUGCUCAAAGACCUCGCUGAGAUCGGCAUCGCCGUGGGCAGCAAUGACAUCAAGCAACACGAGGGCAGUGGCCUGAUAGAUGAGGAGUUCACGGUGGCCCGCCUCUACAUCAGCAAGAUGAAGUCAGAGGUGAAGACCAUGGCAAAGCGCUGCAAGCAGCUGGAGGGAACCCAGUCGGAGAGCAACAAGAAGAUGGACGAGAACGAGAAGGAGCUGGCUACCUGCCAGCUGCGCAUCUCCCAGCAUGAGGCUAAAAUCAAGUCGCUGACUGAGUACCUGCAGAAUGUGGAGCAGAAGAAGAGGCAGCUGGAGGAGAACGUGGACUCUCUCAACGAGGAGCUAGUAAAGCUCAGCGCUCAGGAGAAAGUUCAUGCGAUGGAGAAAGAGAGUGAGAUGCAGACGGCCAAUGAAGUCAAGGAAGCGGUGGACAAGCAGAUCCACUCCCACCGUGAUGCUCAUCAGAAGCAGAUCAGCAGCCUGAGAGAUGAGCUGGACAACAAGGAGAAGCUCAUCACUGAACUGCAGGAUCUGAACCAGAAGAUCAUGCUGGAGCAGGAGAGGCUCAGAGUGGAGCAUGAGAAACUCAAAUCCACCGACCAGGAGAAGAGCCGCAAGCUGCACGAGCUCACGGUGAUGCAGGACAGACGGGAGCAGGCCAGGCAGGACCUGAAGGGUCUGGAGGAGACAGUGGCCAAGGAGCUGCAGACUCUGCACAAUUUGAGGAAGCUCUUUGUCCAGGACUUGGCUACCAGAGUGAAAAAGAGUGCUGAGAUGGACUCUGACGACACAGGCGGCAGCGCAGCACAGAAACAGAAAAUCUCCUUUCUUGAGAACAAUCUUGAGCAGCUCACCAAGGUUCACAAACAGCUGGUACGUGAUAACGCAGACCUGCGCUGUGAGCUUCCUAAACUGGAGAAACGUCUUCGUGCUACGGCUGAGCGGGUCAAGGCCCUUGAGUCUGCUCUGAAGGAGGCCAAGGAGAAUGCAGCACGCGACCGCAAGCGCUACCAGCAGGAGGUGGACCGCAUCAAGGAGGCCGUCAGGGCCAAGAACAUGGCCAGGAGGGGACAUUCGGCCCAGAUCGCCAAGCCUAUCCGGCCCGGGCAGCAGCCAGUGGCGUCUCCCACCCACCCCAACAUCAACCGCAGCGGGGGAGGCUUCUACCAGAACAGCCAGACGGUGUCCAUCAGGGGGGGGGAGCGUCAGAGCAGCAGCGGCGGCGGCGGCAGCAGCAUCAGCAAACCCGACAAGAACUGAAGAGCGGCGGGACAGAAGGACGACACCACUGAAGAAGCCAAUAUCACCCCCCCGCCCAGCCCGACAACACGUCAUUCCAUAACAGCGAACAGGCUCCUCGUCGCUGCUUUGGAGCCACGAAGGAGUUUCUGAAUUAUAAAUAUAUAUAAAUAUUCCUGGCCUGUACAGCUCCAGCACACACACACACACACACACACACACACCGCCACCCACUCCCCCCACUUCUCAUCAUGACUUAUCUCUUUUUCUCGUACUGGAAAUAUUAAUAAUAAAAAAAGAAAGGACAACACAUUUACAAAAGGCGAGAUAGGAUUCGUAUCCACCGAACCAAACGCAGUCGUGAGCAAGCGGAACCAGCCAACACCUUUAAAUGUUGUCGCUCCGGUUUCCUUUUUGUCUUUGCACAUUCUGUCGUCGACCGUGCCAUGCUGAAUGUAAGCGUAGCAAGAUCCGAUAAAUACAAGAUAAAAAACAAACAAAAGAAUACGAGACCCGACCACCUACGCCCUGUCGGCUAACCUCUGUCCGUUUCAUCGUUGCUAUUAUUGGUUAACAACACUUUCCUCUCAAAAGAUUUUACAAAACAACUGUAUGGUUUUGAAUGGACUAGAUGGCGUCAAGCACUACUCUUCUGUCCGCUCUUGUACAGAUGUAAAAUUGGCACUACUGCACACGCUUCCCCAAAGAGAGAGAGAGAGAGAGAGCUGUAAGGAAACGGCAGGGGGAGGAUGAAAAGAUAUAAAACCCACAACGUGCAACGGUGUACUGUAGAUGUAUUUAACUAAAUACCCGUGGAGGAGAAUUGUUUUUAUCAUUAAGUUAAAAUAAAACCUUUACUCGUUAUUGGUGACUUCAUGAGGAAGAUGUUAAAGAAUGUAGGAAGGAGGAUGAUCCGGUUAACACGACACACUUCCACCUGUUAGCAUAGCCUAUGCCACGUAGCUAAAUGUACUGUUUUUACUUCUCUCAGUGGUUCAUGACGCUGUGUUGACGGGCGCUGUUUAUACCUCUCUGCACAUAGUCUGCAGGCAUAUAGACUGAGGUAGCUCACUCGAUGCUCGUCCUGUCACUCAUCUCCAAAAACUGUCCGUUUCCUCUCGUAUCAGGAUUUCUGUUCACGGGUGCCUCGCCUCCGUUAUCUCCUUUGUCUUCGCUCCUCCCACCUGUGUGUGUUGUUUCUAAUAGAUUUAAGACCUUUAACUGUACGAGCCCCCUUUUUGGUUGUGAGUUAGCAGAAAGUGUUCUGCUGGGUUUUAUUGUAUUGUUUAUCUCUUUCAUUGUUCCAGAGCUGGUGUAGAUGCUUGUUUGGGGGGGGAGAUGAGUCGUUGGGUCGGACCUUUGCUUCUGAUCAGCCAGUCAGAGCAGGGUCUAAAAUUGCACAAUAAUCUCCUGUCAUCAUCUGGAGGAGGGUUUCUCAUUUAUUUAGUGUUUUAUUGUCUUUGUCGUGUUUUUAAUUCCCACCACAGCGUGUUGUUUUUUAACCGUGAAGCCCCUCAGCAUCGGCAAAGAGCUGGAUGUGAUUGUAACCCCGGCGUGACGACACUAACAUCUUGUGCAAUACACUGUAAAAACGACACUGCAUACCAGUGGACUGGCGGGUGUGAUCAGGGUGUGCUUGCUGCCACGUAGAGUCAAAAGUCCGACCCCCCCCCCCCCCCCUUGUUAGCGUCUGAUCCGCUUACUUUUGGCCCUCAGUGUGUUUUCUCAGCGAGGACUUCUUUCAUUGAUGUUUCUAAAAAGCUGAAACAGGACUUCUGCUGCAACGUCUUCUAACAGAGCGACUGCUGUAACACACAGUGAGCUCCCAGUAGAGGAGACGGUCGCAUUAGGAGAUAAAGACGAAAGCUUUUUAGGAACACACGUUAAAGAAACUAUCAAACGACUACAGUUUUGGCUUAGACCAGUGGAACAAAUCUAGCUUUAUAAAGGGGGGAGGGGGGUAGGAAGGAUUUUAGCUUUGUCUCCUAAGAUGUCACACUAAAGUCGGGUUUCAUAGCACUUCUUCUCAACACCUGCACUCAGAGAAACACUCCACAUGUGGCGGUCUUUGACUGGAGAACACAGAAGCUCCUGUAAAUGGGUUCGUUAAUAAUUUAAAGUGGUAAUAAUGACUUUCUACAAGCUGCAUCUAUGACGGGACAGUGUUUGGUGUCUAUUGAGAUGGUUUACUCCCUAUGUGUAAUCUUCAAGGUUAGUUAAGACUUUGCAGCAUGGACCUCAAAAAUGUCCAAAACUGGACGUGAAUUCAAACAAACAGCAAAGAAUAGUUGAGGCGUUAACCUAAAUUGCAUUAAUUCUAAAUUUGAAAACGAAGUGUAGCCACUUUUUUUAUUACUGUGUAAUAGUUGGUCAUUUAUUUUAGAGGACAGCUUUGAGGAUCCAUCGGUGGACGAAGGUUCUGGAUCAUUCCUGGAGAACUGGGGCACAAACGGCUCUGAUAAGGACGGAGAUGGGCGGCUCAUGAGAGCACAGUUUUUGGAUUGAUUGCAUGAUGUAAAUGUAUGUGUGAUUAAAUAAUUAUGAGAAAAGCA